CGCCUUGCUGUUUCUAAAUUAUUCCGUUGUUUUUAUCGUAAAUUCUUGCACACUUAGCUAUUAUUUUAUAGCGAAAUAUAAGCAAAGCAAGCUUUUAAACAAGUGUUUAUUGCGGCGCACAUUUUCCGUGACAAAUGAAAAGAUCCAGCUGACCAGCGAUUAUCUAACGACCAAAUCGAAUCGAAACGAAACGUUGAAGUAGGCGCAUUACAUUAAAAAUUGGCUGCCAGUCUAGCCCACACAGAUAUCGAAAAAGGCGAUAUAUCUUUGGAUAAUCAUUGCAAAAAUAAACCCUUUCGAUUCGACGAUUUCGCCUUGUAGUUCUGCCACCACCGCCCCCACACUUCGCCCCGCAGCUGCACCACAACCACCACCACCCACAAACAGAAAAUUUAUUUGCGACGCAAAAACAAAACAAUCGAAUCGAAACGAACCGAACCGAAACGAAACGACAGCAGCUGUUUGGUUAUAAAUCGGCGCUAUCGAUCGCACACAUGAGCAAAAUUGGCGGAGAAGAAGAGGAAGCAGCAGCAAGAGUUAAGCACCACAAAUCUUAAAGAAUAGUUGCAGGCACUAGGAGCCGAGGUCUUUGCGGGCCGAAAGAUGUCUGUGAGACUGCUGACCGUGCGACUGAUCAAACAUGGUCGCUACAUUUUGCGCAGCUAUUGUAAACGUGAUAUACACGCCAACAUUUUGGACCAGAAUCAAUUGAAGACAAGAAGCAAGCGAGGCUUUCCCCUACCCUCCACCGCUGCCAAUGUGCUGCGGACAACGCCCCAGCAGGCGGCCAAAUCGGUGGUCAAUGUAGUGCCCCGCACCAUCAACUCCCCGUCGGGAUCACCGUUUAAUGGCAGCGGCAGUAGCCCCACCAGCAGCAGUGGAAUCUUCCGAGUGGGCCAGCAUGCGCGCAAAUUGUUCAUCGACAACAUCCUCAGCCGGGUGACCACCACCUACUCGGAGGAUCUGCGCCAGCGCGCUACCCGCAAGCUAUUCUUUGGCGAUUCAGCGCCCUUCUUCGCCCUGAUUGGCGUUAGUCUGGCCUCCGGAUCGGGUGUGCUCAGCAAGGAGGAUGAACUGGAGGGCGUGUGCUGGGAGAUUCGGGAGGCAGCUAGCCGGCUGCAGAACGCCUGGAAUCACGACGAGAUCUCCGAUACGCUAGACAGCAAGUUCACCAUCGAUGACUUGGAAAUCGGUCCGCCCAUAGCCAAAGGUUGUGCCGCUGUCGUCUAUGCAGCGGAUUUCAAGAAAGAUGUUGCCUCGGAUGGUGCAUCCCUGCAUACCGAUGCGCAGCCGCAGGCAACGCCAGCCUUUGCGCCGAAUAGCUGGAGUACCCACGAGAUGAUGUCGCCGCUGCAGAACAUGUCGCGCUUUGUUCACAACUUUGGCGGCUCUGUGGACAACGUCUUCCACUACAGCCAGCCAUCUGCGGCCAGUGAUUUCGUGGGCGCCCAGUCGAGGGAACAGGACCAGCGGCACCACGAGCAACAGCAGCAUCAGAAUCAGGAACAAGAGCAGCAUCAGAACCAGGAGCCCAGCAGCAGUGCCUUCAAUGUGACUUCUCCAGCGAAUUCAAACAUCAACAGCUCUGUGGACAGUUAUCCACUGGCACUCAAAAUGAUGUUCAACUACGACAUCCAGAGCAACGCUCUGUCCAUACUGCGUGCCAUGUACAAGGAGACGGUACCGGCACGCCAGCGCGGCAUGAAUGAGGCCGCCGAUGAGUGGGAACGUUUGCUGCAGAAUCAAACUGUUCACCUGCCGCGGCAUCCGAACAUUGUCUGUAUGUUUGGCUUCUUUUGCGACGAGGUGCGCAACUUUCCCGAUGGCCAUCUCCUGUAUCCGGUGGCGCAGCCGCAACGCAUCAAUCCACAGGGCUAUGGCCGCAAUAUGUCGCUGUAUCUGCUGAUGAAACGCUACGAUCACAGUCUUCGCGGCCUGCUCGAUAGCCAGGAUCUGAGCACGCGCAAUCGCAUCCUGCUGCUGGCUCAAAUGCUCGAGGCUGUCAACCAUUUGAGCCGUCACGGCGUUGCCCAUCGUGACCUAAAGUCUGAUAAUGUGCUAAUCGAGCUGCAGGACGAUGCGGCGCCGGUGCUAGUGCUCUCCGACUUUGGCUGUUGUCUGGCGGACAAGGUGCAUGGCCUGCGCCUGCCGUACGUUUCGCACGACGUCGACAAGGGCGGCAAUGCGGCGUUGAUGGCGCCAGAGAUCUUCAAUACGAUGCCCGGUCCGUUUGCCGUACUCAAUUAUGGCAAGGCCGAUCUGUGGGCUUGCGGUGCCCUGGCUUACGAAAUCUUUGGCAACCGCAAUCCGUUCUAUUCGAGCAGCGGUGGGAUGGCGCGCGAACGCGGUGAGAUGACGCUUUCGCUGAGGAACAGCGAUUACCGACAGGACCAAUUGCCGCCAAUGAGCGAUGCUUGCCCGCCGCUGCUGCAACAGCUGGUCUACAACAUCCUCAAUCCCAACCCGUCCAAGCGGGUCAGUCCGGAUAUUGCGGCAAAUGUGGUGCAGCUGUUCCUCUGGGCCCCAUCCAAUUGGCUUAAGGCGGGCGGCAUGCCCAACAGUCCGGAGAUCCUACAGUGGCUCCUUUCGCUGACCACUAAGAUUAUGUGCGAGGGUCGUCCACAGAUGGGCGCCGGAUUGAUGCCAGUGGCCAGCUGUGGCAAUAGGCGCGCCUAUGUGGAGUACCUGCUCAUAUGCAGCUUUCUGGCACGCGCCCGGCUGCGUCGCAUUCGCGGCGCCCUCAACUGGAUCCAGAAUGUGGUGGCGUAGGAGAAAAGCCUUCUACUUGUUACUCUGAGAAAAUCAAAUGGAAAAGCGUGUGAUACCUAUAUUUUACAUAUGUAUUUAUAAAUGAAAUCAAAAUUAACGCCAAAAGCACGCCUCCGGUACAAUAAUUAUUGACCCUCCUGAUCUUUCUGAUUCUUCAGCUUCUGCAUUUUCGCCACCAGCGCCUCCUGUUUGACCAAACUCCUGUCGAGCUUUUCCAUCACCUGCCUGAUCAUAAUUUGGAGUUCCGCAAGAUGUUUCUCCCAGGCCACAUUCUGCUCCUCCAGCUCGAUAAGCUUAUAGAGAUUGGCCUCGUUUGAGUCUUCGAUGUUGUCUAUAGCCUGAUCCAGGCUAUCCUCGGCGUCCAACUUGUUUGGAUUUUGUGGGGGAUG